UUCUUCCACUCCUCGGCAGUGCAACUCUCUCCUGCCAUUUUCUUCCACUCCUCGGCAGUGAUUUCGAGUGUCUCUCGUCACUUCUUGCGAGCCUCAGGACCCCAUGCUACUACCACUUCAUCCACAUCCUGGUGACCUCCGUUCGGAGGAUAUUCUGUUCCAGAAAUACUAAACCUUGUGCAAAUGGUAACAAGUGUAUUUCCUUUCCCUACCAUGCAAAUACUGUUCACGUGAGGCUUGGCGCUGAACCUACGCCGACGUCAGCCUGCUACAAUAGCGGCAAACGAAUAACGCUACCCAUCUCUCGACAGCACCACAAAAGCCUACCACGUGACACAGGAUGGAUUCCAUGGAUUUAGUGGGCAUGGAAACAGAACAACUCCCAGUGACAGUCUUGACAGACUGGGAGAGCCACAACCAGUUGAUGGCACGCACUGAAAUGGAAUUUGAUGCUAAAGCCAAUGAUAUGAAGAAAACUGGCCUUACUUUGGUCUCUCAGCGGUGUAUCCAGCUCAAAGAAAAUGUGGAAGAGAAGGAGAAUAAGUUGGAAGUGGAGAAGAUGGGAGCAGAAGCAUUCCUGACAACUGUUAACAAGGCAAUGCAACUAUCUGUAGUAGAAGAAGAGGGUGAUGCUGUGAGGAUCUCCUUCCCCUCUUCAAAAUACCUCAUAUUCAAGGUUGAAGAAAAUGCAUAUCGAUUACUCAAGAGCGACCCUCCUCUACCGAAUCUGCUUCUUGCUGAGGAGAAACUCAAUGAAACUCAGGAUCUCACAGGUUUUCUCUUUGCUUUUCACAAGUUUUCUUCCAAGUGAUGAUCUUGCCCACAC